AUGCACCCAAUUUACGUCGACGGAUUUCUAUUCAUCGCAAUCACUAUGGUUUUUGUGAUCGCCAAUGAUGAUCAAGGAUGGGAAACACUUCAAGUCGUACCGCAUGUAUCCGGACUUCGUGUGGAAAAUCCAAUUGGCGAAAAAGGAUUCAUAGGAUACACAGAAGCAUGGGAACUUGUAGUGGAACCAAAUAUUCCAGUAACAGUUGUGAUUUUUGGAUAUUGGCUUGAUAAGGUCGAAUAUAUCACAUUCACGGAUUCAAUUUGUUUAACAUCCGAGUUCAACAUUUCAAGACAUAGUUUCACGCUUCAAACUGAAACAAGGAUUGAACUGAAGAUGUCCUUUCCAAAUGGUGAGGACUCUUGGAGGAUGUGUGUAAAACAACAAGGACGACUUGGCGAACUUUUAUUAAUUGAUGACGAUCGAACAUGGAUAAACACGGAAGAAACACUUAAAGAGCAUUAUAUGCCAAUUUACCUCCAGAUAGGUGUGCUUUGCGUCCUAUUCGUUAUGUCUGCUUUAUUCUCUGGUCUCAAUCUUGGACUUAUGUCAUUAUCCAUCCAUGAGCUCAACUUAAUAAUAAAAAGUGGAUCAAAACAGGAAGCAAAGUAUGCGAAGACAAUUCUACCAAUACGAAAAAGAGGGAAUUAUCUGCUUUGCACAAUUUUAAUAAUGAAUGUGGUUGUGAAUGCCGCUAUAUCGAUAUUAUUUGAGGACCUUACCACUGGAACUAUAGCAUUUGUAACUUCAUCUCUAGGAAUUGUUGUAUUUGGAGAGAUAACACCUCAAAGCGUUUGUGUCAAGCAUGGGCUUGCAGUCGGCGCUCGGACCAUCUUUCUCACACGACUUUUCAUGUUUGUUACAUUCCCUUUAUCUUACCCAAUAAGUAAGGUGUUAGAUUUAAUAAUCGGUGAGGAGGUCGAUCAAUUCGAUCGUCGUCGACUCGUAGAAAUUCUAAAGAUGUCCACAGAAAAAGAAGAAAACAGGGAAUUGGCUGCAGAUGUAAAAAUAGCAGUCGGAGCAAUGGAAUUUCCAAAUAAAGUUGCAAGAGAUGUUAUGACGAAAAUUGACGACGUUUUCAUGCUUUCGGAAAACGAAAUACUUGAUGCUACAACACUUGCUGAAAUUGUCCAUAGAGGAUAUACACGAAUACCAGUUUAUGUGGACGGUGACAGAAAUAAGGUUAGGUCACUACUUCUUGUCAAGGAUCUUGCUCUUAUCGAUAAAAAGAACAAUAUUGCUGUGAAAGCGGUUGCGGAAUUCAAUGAAAGACAAUUACGGAUAAUCGACGAGGAUAUGCCACUACCGAAACUUCUUAACGAAUUCAAACAAGGAAAUUACCAUCUUGCAAUGGUUCGACAGACUAAACGAAGGAGUAGUUCAUCCGGAAAUGACGAGAGUGUACAACAUUUUGAUGAAGAAAACACAGCAAGUGCAUCGAAAGAAUCUGUCAACACUACAGUUUCUUUACCUUGUCCUGAAACGGAUAAUGAAGAAGUCACUUUGAUUGGAUUGGUAACUCUAGAAGAUCUUCUUGAAGAAAUCCUACAGUCGGAAAUAGUUGACGAAAGCGAUUCAGUUUUAGAUAAUGUACAUCGCUCGAAAAGGAGAGUUCAGCAGACUCGAGUUUCUGAAGUGUUCUGUUGUGAAGCGAGAAGCGAGCCAUUAUCCGUAAAUAUGCUCGGAGUUGUAUCACGAUGGUUGGCUGAACGGCAUGUAUUUUUUAGUGAUCAGUAUAUGGAAACUAAUGCACGUGAGAAGAUGAUCCAGAAGAAUAUACGUCAUGUUAUUCUUGUUUCUGGUAAAGAAGAAAGAAGUGUUCAUUUAUACGAUUCUGGAGUAGCAAGCAAACGAUUUAUUCUUAUCCUUGAAGGAAAAGCUACUGUAUCUUUCCCGAAGAACAACAUGUCGUUUGAAGUUGGCCCAUGGACGUGUUUUGGAGAAAUUUUAUUCCAGAGGCUUUCUGCGAGUGUUCGCAGCCGUCAAGAUACCCAAUCAAACUUCCAUUUCACUCCGGAUUUCACUUUAUCGGCUCAACAACCGUGUAGAUUUUUGCAGAUCCCAAUUAUGUCUGUUGUCCAUGCUCUCCGCAUUUCUCGAUUUGUUAAACAACUCAGAGCACCCAAAGCUUCUACGUCUGAUGAGGACGAUCCGGUCCCAGUGCUUCUUGGAGGACGAGGACGUGGAAAAAAUAAGCUCAGUCAUAAUUUUUCUGUCAUUGUGAGAAGUCCAACUGUUCAUGAUGGUAGAGUUCGUUCUGUCAGUAUGGUAGCAGCGACGAUACACGAGCCACCAUCAGACGAUGCGACGUCGCAAUCAAAAUAA